UGACCACUGUAUUAUCUCAGGGAUUGCUUUCCAAGACAUUCUGUACUAUUAAACUCUCUGCUUGAUCAAGUACCAGACAUUGCUUCAUUGACUCCUUGACCUAACACCAGAAAUGAGGUAGUAGGGAGAGCAGUCAUGGGCUUCAGAUCUUGUGGAUGAACAGAACUGCCCACAAUUUGCUCUGACACAAAGCGAGUUUGGGAGAAGCAGCAUCCUCCGUUGCACAACGACCUUUCGGUAUUCAAAUGCGCAUGAUUGUGUUGUCCAGAGCAGUAUUCUUCAGCAAUUGUCUUCUUCUGUGGCAUCUAGUGGGAGAUGCCCUAAUCUUCUGCAACUUUAUUCCUGAAAAGAUUUCAUGGGGCGGUUGACAAAUUCUUUUCCUUGGAUGUCGUCUGUGGAUGCCUGCAGUCCGCCAUGGCAUUUACUCGACAUAUGUGAAAAAGGUCUGUGAUGGGACCCACCCAUUACCCAAAAGGAUUAGGAGACAGUAUAUAUGCUGAAUGGAAAAGGUUUACUUUGGAGGAUUAUUUUGAUAUGAUAUAGCAGGAGAGAAAAAUGCAGGACUUUACACGAUGGACCUCAAAAUGAAGGAAUCACUGGCACUUUGGAGGCAAGAAUGGGACACAGACUUGUUAUCUCAUACUGAUUCCAAAGUAACAAGAUCUGUCCUUGCAGUCUUGGUUUCUGGUCAAGACUUUUACGAGGCAGCAGACAUGGACUUGGCAUCUAAGCAUCUAUAGAUCAGCUUGGACUACCCUAUCGUCAAAAGGAUUCUCAAAAUUUUCUUACUACUCUGAUGAUUGGUUUAAAUGGAUGCCACAUAUCUGCACAUGUGGUCCAUUAACAUCCUCAUAUUCCUUUGGCACAAAAGGAUUUUUUUCAGCUUAUUCUUGAUCGAUAUCUUUUUAUCAUCACAUUGUUCUUGUCGUCAUUGUUUCAGCAUCAGCAUUAUCUCUUGUAUAUCUUCAUUUUUUCUUGCACUGAGAAGAUGCUCAUAUAACAUGCAUUCCAGUCUCCAAAAGAAGCUGAAAUAUUGAAUAUCUAUGUGAUGCCAAAUGAAACAUUGAGGGUCAUCUCAUGAAAUGUCUGACGAACCUAUAUGUGGAAUUUAGAGCCAUCAUGCACAUUUUGGAAAAUCUUCUAGUUGAGGUGCGUUAAAAAUAUUGUUCCAUUUUCAACACAUGCAACUCGAGAACAGGUGAGAUUGUUCAGGGCUUUGUGAAAGUUUACUAAGCAGAAGCAUACAGGUUUGUCACUAAGAACAGGUAAGAUUGUUCAGGGCUUUGUGAAAGUUUACUAAGCAGAAACAUACAGGUUUGUCACUCUUCAUCUUCUUCUCCUCCAAAUACAAGUAUCAAUCAGGUACUCUAUGGUGACAUGUUAGAGUCAUAUCAAGAUGUCAAAAGCAACUUGGUGAGGAUGUUCUGUGCCAUUGGACAUAGACAUAAAGAGGAUGAUCACAAGAAUACUGGCAGCUUUUAGUAAUGCAGCAUUUACAACCUCGUUACUGAUAUCUGCCAGAAUGCACUUUAGAACAAUGCAAAGAAGCUCAGUGAAAAAAGAAAAGUGUACCUCGAGGUGCUCCUAAAUUUGAUGGUAAUGUGCUUCUGCAUCCAAAGUUCAUAUCUGUUGUUGACGACCUCACAAUCUUUGUGUGAUCUGCUGUGUUACAGUGAGCAGGCAGGCAUCAUUCAGGGAAGGUUCUAGAAUCAAAAGACGAGCUCUUUUCCAGACAAGAAGUUUGGAGAGUUAUCCAUUCAUGGCCUCUCUGUAUAACCUGAAGAAUAUAUACAUGACGGUUUGCAUGUCAACACGAUUCACGCCUCCUCUCUCUGCCAUGCCAAUCCAGUAUGCUUGUGUAGAAACUGAAAAAGCUUCAACUUGUAGAGUUACCAUGCCCCAAGGAAGGGAUCCUCUUGUCCUGGGCCAAGUAGUUGGUGAUGUUUUGGAUCCUUUCACUCGGUCAGCUGCCAUGAGAGUGAUGUACAACAGCAAAGAGAUAAGAAAUGGAACAGGGCUGAGGCACUCAGCGGUGGUGAAUAAGCCCCGAGUUGAGAUUGAAGGACAUGAUAGAAGGCAGCUCUACACGCUGGUGAUGGUGGAUGCUGAUGCACCAAGCCCAAACAGUCCUACAGACAGAGAGUACCUUCACUGGUUGGUGACAGACAUCCCAGAAACCCUUGAUGCCAGUUAUGGUUGAGCAAAGAUGCAGGCAGCUUUGUGUGCAUGAUCUCUGUUCUUGUGUGGGCCCCACUUGAAGACAUUAGUCAGCAUGGCGGGGCCUCAACCGGAAAUCGAAGUAGAUGGAUGGCUGUUAUUCCUCACAGUAAUCAACGUUGACUUAAUGCUUUACUUUGUGGGGGCCCACAAGAAAAAUAAAUUAAAAGAAAUAUAUUAAAAGUUGAUUGAUUGUGAUAUUACCAUUAUUUCAGUCAUCUUCCAAACUAUGUACCACACUCUUGAACACACACACACAAGAGCACAAUUUUAACUGUAUUACUUUAUCUUAGAUAUGCUAUCUAAAUGCAACUACUGAUACUGAAAUGGAGAAUUAAUUGGUUGUUCCUGUGAGUACAUGCUAUAUCUUCUAUGAAAAAGCCUCUUUCUUAUGUUUCUGGUGUAUUCUAUGUUGAAACUUUCUCAAUUAUUUACUUUUAAGACAUCUGCUAAUUUUUUGCUACAUUUUAAUCUUGAACUUGAGAAUACUAUUUCAUUCAACAACUGAUGCUGGCAUGAACAAUUGCUUUUCCUCUGGAUGCAUGCAUCACAGUCUAUGAAUGGUUUAAUUUUUUUUAUUUUUCUUCUCUGACAGACCAUUUUGAAGCUUUUGUCCGAACUUUUCAAUGCUCUACUGUCAAAAGCACCUAUACAUUCUUGAGCAGCACUUAAAAGAGUUAGGUUUUGUUUAGCAUGUAUUUAGAGCAAACAGAAUAUUUGCAUCUAUAGCUUUUUAUCUGAAUUUAUCCAUCUAACAAGCUAGGAAUAAGAUAAUGAACUUCCAUACUCAAAUGCUGAACAUCUAGAUCUGAAACUAUUAAACACUUCAAUAUGAAUGCGAACAUCUAGAUCUGAGAGUAUAAAUCUUGCAAAAAUUCCACUACAGAAAUGUUAAAGAUUUGUCUGAUAAUUUAAAACAUACAUUCCGAGAGCCAAUCUAUAUUUCCUUUCCAUGAACCAUAAUGUUCAGAUUUCACUGCGAACAUAAUGAAAAUGUACAUCAACAGGUCAGUUGAUGGGUUUACAAUUAAUUAGGCUGCUGUCUCAAAUUUAUUGAUACACAUGUUUUUACAUGUAAAGAAGAUUCAUUAGGCGAUGUGCAAAAUUUACGAAUAUGCUUUUGUCAAGUCCUUAGCUAACUAUUAGUAACCAAAUUCAUGCGAAAUAUGCUUGAGGUCUUCCUCUCUGCAAGUGCACAGAUAUCUACAACCAACAAAAGCAUGCAAAACUCAUACAUACACACUUUUCUCUUUUCAUGCUUCUCGGCUCUUUUUCUUUCCUUCCUUUUCUUUCAUAGAUCAACUGGCUCCUUUAUUCAUUGCACUAAGCAUAACAAAUUGAUUCUUGUUUAACUUUUAACUUGCAUAUUGAGAUUUUGAAUCUCAAAGUUUGGCUUUCUGAGCAGCUAAGAGUUGCUAGUGUCUUCUGAUACACAUCUGGGAGAAUGGUUUCCCAGCGAUUCUUAAGAAUUUGCUUGGUUAUGAUGUAAGUUUCUGAAGAAACACCAACACUUGUCGAGAAUCCUCCUUUUUAUGUCCCUACUUUCAUGAUACCUUGAUCAAGAAGCUAUAGAAAAGGCCUAACUGUAUAAGAACAUUGUUUCAGGAAAUGAAAUUGUCAGCUAUGAGAGCCCACAUCCAACUGCAGGGAUUCAUCGUAUCGUUCUUGUGCUCUUCCGGCAAGAGGUUCAGCAAACUAUUUAUGCACCCGGUUGGCGUCAAAACUUCAACACCAGGGACUUCUCAG